AUGACGACCACCACCCUGAGCCAGAUCCGUGGCCACGCCAGUCAUGACCACCACCAUCACCACGAUAAUACCUAUUUGCUCUCUUCCAACAAAAAGGAUGCAGGCGUCCGCAUUACCCGAAUUGGUCUUUAUGUCAAUCUUGGUAUGGCUGUGAGUAAGGGCUUCGGAGGUUAUGUCUUCAAUAGUCAGGCACUCAUCGCCGACGCCAUCCACAGCCUCACGGAUCUCGUCAGUGACAUUAUGACGCUGGCGACUGUCUCCUGGUCCCUCAAGCCACCCUCGGAAAGGUUCCCCAGCGGCUACGGCAAGGUCGAGAGUCUGGGAUCACUGGGUGUCAGCGGUAUACUGUUAGGCGGAGGCUUCAUGAUGGGAUGGGCAGCUCUCAUUGCGCUUGCCCAACAAGUGUUCCCAGAGGCUGCUGAAAUUGCUGCGCAUUACGGACUGCUACCACACAGUCACGGGCAUCACCAUGAUGUAGACGGUCUGGGACCCAACAUCAACGCAGCAUGGCUCGCAGGCGGGUCAAUCUUAAUCAAGGAGUGGCUAUAUCGAGCGACACUAAAAGUAGCAAAUGAGCGCAAAUCGUCCGUCCUCGCCUCGAAUGCCUACCACCACCGGGUGGAUUCCCUCACCGCGUUUGUCGCCCUACUCAUGAUCUUUGGCUCCAACGUACUAAACAACGCAUCAUGGCUCGACCCCGUGGGUGGGCUGGUAAUUUCAUUGAUGGUUGUUCAAGCUGGUUGGGGAAACACCAAGGCCGCUCUUUAUGAACUCGCGGACGUUGGCAUCGAGGACGAGAUGAGGGAUAACGUGCGAAAUGCAGCUGAUAAGGCCCUCGACAGCAUCAAUGCCGGGUCCGCGGCCGAGGCUGUUGAGCUGAGAUCCGUGCAAGGGAUCAAGUCGGGCCAGAACUACCUGAUGGAUUUGGAGCUGGCCGUCCCCGGGUCUUGGAGUGUGGAGCAAACCCGCAAAACGGAAGACGCAGUGCGGGAGCGAGUAGGAGCCAAGGUCCGCGGCGUGAAGAGGGUACGCGUGCGAUUCGUGUCCAAAUCGUCCGGACAAUCGGAUUACCUGGAUGAAUUCAUCAACAUCAAGCCCGGCGCAGCGCUUGAGCCUGAGGAGCACGACCAUGAACACAAUCACGGCCACAGUCACGGAAGCGGAGAGCCGCGGAAAAGGCAGUAG